CCACUCGCCGCUCUUUUCGCUCUCUGCCUCUCCUCCACCUCUGCCUCCUUCUUCCUCACCCUCCCCCGCUAGCACACUCGACUUCAGCACUUUUACUCCCUCUAGAACUCAGCAAUGGUCAAGCAGAUCAGCGACAUCCGCCGCAAGCUCGUCAUCGUCGGUGACGGUGCCUGUGGAAAGACCUGUCUCCUUAUUGUCUUCUCCAAGGGAACCUUCCCUGAGGUCUACGUCCCCACUGUCUUUGAGAACUACGUCGCUGAUGUUGAGGUCGACGGACGGCACGUAGAGCUGGCCCUUUGGGAUACUGCUGGCCAGGAGGACUACGAUCGUCUUCGCCCCCUUUCUUACCCUGACGCGAACGUCAUCCUCAUUUGCUUCUCCAUCGACUCCCCCGACUCCCUCGACAACGUCCAGGAGAAGUGGAUCUCUGAGGUUCUCCAUUUCUGCCAGAACCUUCCCAUCAUCCUCGUUGGUUGCAAGAAGGAUCUCCGGUUUGAUACCAAGACCAUUGAGGAGCUCCAGAAGACUUCUCAGCGACCUGUCAGCCCAGAGGAGGGCCAAGCUGUUGCGGAUAAGAUCAACGCUCUCAAGUACCUUGAGUGCUCCGCGCGAACGCACGAGGGUGUCGCCGAAGUUUUCGAGCACGCCACUCGCGCUGCUCUUCUCGAGCGCUCAAGCAAGCCUCGCAAGUCGAAGUGCACCAUCUUGUAAUAUAUAUGUUAGAGAUUGCCAGCAGAUUGGUCAGUAUGAUGCCGUCUUUCGAAACAGAACUUAUGACGGGAUUGCAAUAGAAGUUUGAGUGUCGCCAUAUGCCAUCAUUCUCGUUUGCUUUGGACCACUGCGCUUGUCUAAUUUGGGUACAUGAUUAUGUUUUUUAAUAUUUUUUAUUCUGCAGAGUUCCAGUUUUUAUCCUCUUUACUUUUUUCUUUGCUUCUCCUUUUUUUGUAUCUCGCGUGUAUUGCUUUUAACGAUAAUCCAAUCUUUGUCUUUUUCCCAUAUUAUUCGCUCAAAUAUGUAUACAACCUUUUCCUCACUCUCUAUUUUCUGCGAGUUCUAGCGCUCAGCGGCGAUCAAGUAACGACCGUAUUAUCUCUGAUGUCUUCUUUUCUGUGUGUUAUCUUUUUUGAUUUCAGGUGUCAUAAAAAACUUGUAAAGACGUCUGCUGACCAUAAUGAAGUAUGCUCAAAGAUGUAAUAUGCCGUUUCCC